AUCAAUCAUCGUCCAUUUAGGCGAAAACUUUGUGCAGUUUGUGGAAAAAUGGUAUCAUCCUGCCAAUCUUCCAAUACCAAUACAUAGACGAACCAACGGUCCACAUCCCACCGCCGCUGCCAGCGUCGUCAACCACCAGCGCUCGUCUUUCUUGUGUAAAGCCCAUAUUUUUUCAUCUAGUAAAAUUGCCUCCUUUGAUCUGAAAAUCAUCAACAUGCCAUCUCUUAUUCAAGAAAAUCACCUUUACCGUCGCACGUUUUUAACCGAGAACCAAAGGAAACUCCUUUUCCUCCUCUUCAAAUGCAUCAUAAUGGCACUUGUAGUGGCCCUCUUCCUUUUCUUCAUUGGCUUCGCAACAAUUGUUCUUCUUCACUUUCUCAUGAUGACCAACGCCUUCCGACGCCGCUGCAUCCGCAUCAACGAGUUCCUUUUCUCCGACCCCAUCGCCGCCACUUCCUCCGCCGCCACCGCGAAAAUCUCCAACUUGCAUGAACUGCAGGAUCUUGUGCCCAAAGUUGAGUAUAGUGCCUCAACAUUUUCAAAAACCACGGAUUGUGCCAUCUGCUUGGAAUCUUUUAUAGAAGGAGAUAACUGUAAAAUUCUGCCUUCUUGUGAGCACUUAUUUCAUGCGAAUUGUGUGGAUCAGUGGCUUGGGAGAAAGCCUAAUUGCCCCACUUGUCGAGCCAGGGUUGAUAUGGAUCUUACGACGAGGUUGAGAACCAGUGCUGCUGAUCGGUGGAAGAUGCUUUGGGAAGUAGGAGGGUAAUUUGAACUAGCUUCUACUCAAUUGAAAAUCCAAGGGCUUUUGAAAUUUAUGCUGGAGUUUUUUUCAAUGAAUUAAAUGCAGAAAUAAGAAAUGAACACCAAGAUUUGGAAGUGGCUCCAGAUGAAGCCCGCUUGCAUUGUUUGAAAAAGGAGUUUAGAGUUUACAGAUCAACACUCAAUCUCUAUCAAGAACGUUAGAAAGGCAUAGAAAACUCGUCCCAGAUUUCUAAACUACCCAAGGAGUAAACAACCUAGCCCACAAUUUACAAACCCAGGCUCAAUUUAAGAGGAAACCAAUUUAUUUAUAUAUUUAUUUUUUGUUAAAGAGUAAAAAUCUGUUAGCGAAUCUGAAGAUUUAGAAA